AUGAUUCCACAAACUCCUUCGUUGACCGUCCCUCCAGAUAGCUCUGCCCAGCAGCUGCUGCGCCUGGGGAAGCCCUUCGUCGAGUUUCCCCGCUUCAGCAUCCUCGCUCUUCAGGAAGAGAAAGACCCAGACGGGAACCCUCUACCUUUCUCCGAGUGGCUUACCAAACGCCUCCAGCUAGGCCAGCCUUUUGUCAUUGCUGAAUUCGACAAACUCGAUACCUGGCCGGCCUCGGGUCCUCACACUGGGCACCAGCCAGGUUUCGGCAUCGAGAGGCUGAUCGAGCUGAGCACCAAAAAGAACAUCCCCAUCCGAAAUUGCAGCACCGGUCGGGAUCUGUCUUUCACCCUCAAGAAAUUUGCCGACAGCGCGAGGCAAUCUUUCCCCGAAUUCCAGAACCUCUAUGCCAGGGACUUGCAAUGUCCCCAAGAAUGGCUCGAACAAUGUCGCAGGAUCUUGCCCACAGAGGUCCAAUGGGGUGGGCGGUUGGACCUUUUCCAGUGGCUACCACAGUGUGCGAGGAGUGAAGUCAUGAUGGCCUACGUUGGCAGCGAAGGGAGCAGUUCAGGAUUCCACCGAUGCUUUUCAAGCACAGUCGCGUUAAACUUGCUCGUCGAGUCGGACGAUCGUCCGGUGGUGUGCAUCGGCACGGACUUCGACUCGCAGAAGAAAUAUGACGCCUUCUUGUCCGCCCGUGGCGCUUCACCUCAUCUAGACUGGCUAAAUCUGGGAUCGGAGGAGCUUCUGAAAGCGGACUUCCCCCUAUAUGCCUAUGAUCAACGAGUUGGCGAUCUCGUUGUGUUCCCUCCUGCCACAGCCCACCAGGUGUGGAAUCCUGCAACGCUUUCGGCCAAGGUUGUCUGGAAUAUCCUUCAUCCUCUAUCACUUGAGGUAGGGUUUGAAUACGUCCAAGCCCCCUUCAAUCGCCUCUGCCAUCCCGAUGUUGCUCGAACCAGCCUCUCAUUGGCAUACGCUAUGUUAUCUCUGCUUCCGGACAACCAGACCAUGAGGAGUUCCCCACUACCACUGCCUCCAGAUCUCCCUCUACUCUCACGCUUGUUUCGGCAAAUGGUUCAUGACGAGUCCAUUGAAUCUCAUCCUGUCACGCCAGUCACUCUGGUGCCUAUACAGCAAGGGACAAUUGCAACCUGCAACUUUUGCAGUACGGCCAUCUGGAAUCGCCACGUGCGAUGCACCCAAUGCGCUGAUUUCGAUCUCUGUCUGCUCUGUUAUCUCAGUGGCCGUUCUUGCGAACAUUCCCAAUCAUAUGCAUGGGCAGAGCUGGUGCCAGCAGAGCAAUGUACAAGGGUUCUUAACCGAGCCCGAGAGAUUCUAGGAUUCCAACCAGAAGAACCGCGCACGCUCGACAAGCGCAAGACCCUGGGGACGGCGGUCAAUGAUCUGAUGCGGGCCAAAACAUCAACAACAAGCAGACUCUGCCACCUCUGCCGGAUCGACCAUCAUGAAUGGAAAGGGCGUCGUUGCGACAAGUGCACCGCCUUUUUCUGUUAUCGAGGCUUAUUCCGACAUUUUGAUGAGUAUCCCUCGGAAGUUAUACGACACAAGGGAAUGUGGACUUGUCCCAAAUGCACAGAAACCUGCAACUGUCGAUGCUGCCAUUUCGCAACAGCGUACGUCAAAAGUGAAAAGCCUGCCAGCAAAAGAAGAGUGAAAGCCGCCGACCCUCGUGGUAAGGUGAUGGGCUUCGCAGACAAUGUGUUUGAUCAAAAGCGUGGAAAUCGACGAGAUUCCAGCCACAAUGGCUCGGGGGUUGGACCUUUGCCUGGUGUGGCACAAAUUACGGGCAAGAAGCGGGCAAUAUCUUCCUCGGCAGAUCCCGGCCCAGCGACCCCGCUGAGGAAAAUGGAGUUGCCAACACCCGAGCCGGACUUCUCUGGGACCAGGCUGGCAUUGUCAAGGGAAAGUUCUGAGUUCUUGAUGGACGGCCCUUUUGGAAGCGUCAAUGGGACGCUGCCUACGCUGUUGCCGAGUAUGAAGACAUUCCCCGAUGGCCCCGACUUCAUGGUCAGUCCUACCGACGAGAGGCAUUCGCGAGUGAGUAGCUCGCCGGGAAUAGUGUCCCUGGCCUCGGCGGCAAUCAGCUCGAGCCGCAUAACUUCCAACAUUCAGAACAAUACCCUUCCACCUAUGCUUGGGCAUCCUCCUGCUACCAAUGGCUUGUACCUCCCGCAGCACCACUCCAACGGCAGUUUCAGCACCCCGCCAUCUUCUGUCCCGACAGCGUCUCCUACAAAGCUUACUGCGAGCUCGAAUGAGACAAAAGCUCCGACCGCCGCACUGGACGCGUCCAUUAGAGAAUUGGAAACGCAACUGGUCAAACUCAAAAGGUACGAGGAAGAGUUCAUUGCUUUGAACCUGGACGACAGUCGCAAGAUGCUGGCAAGCCAGGUGGCCGAAUUGGAAAGCCAGAUCAAGGCAAAGAAGCGGGAGAAGAGUCUCAUUCUUAUUGAGAGAUUGAAGAAGGAAGGAUUUGGUGGGCUGGCGGCCGUGGUGGGCAAAGAGGUUGGGUUGGGUGUUGAUGCGUGA